UUUAUGCUUCUGACUCGAGGACCCGUCAAAAGGGUUUUGCUUCGCGCCAUGUCGCGCCAACUAUCUGUCCAGUCCGAAAUCAAGCUCACUGAAGUUGAGAACAAGCUUUGCACGCUACUCGAUGAAUGCUGCACCCACCUCCGCGAAUCGCACGGGGUCACGACAUCGUGUCGGAUUGCAGGUGGAUGGGUUCGCGACAAGCUUCUGGGUAUGGAGAGCGACGACAUUGACAUUGCGCUCUCCGAUAUGAUGGGCGACGUAUUUGCCAGCCACCUCAGAGAGUUUGCCCAGACCAAGAACGUGGAAGCUGGCGAAAUCGCGGUCUUAAACCCCAACCCUGAACAAUCCAAACAUCUGCAGACUGCCCGGCUGCCUAUUUUUGGCAUCGUGGUCGACCUCGUCAACCUUCGAAGCGAAGAGUAUGCCGCAGACAGCAGAAUCCCAACAUCUAUCGCAUUUGGCACCCCAGUACAAGAUGCUUUGCGGAGAGACAUAACAAUAAACGCGUUAUUCUACAACAUCCACUCACGAGAAGUCGAGGACUGCACGGAAAAGGGUAUUCCUGACCUCAAAAAUGGCUUCAUACGCACUCCCUUACCUCCAAGGCAAACAUUUUUGGAUGACCCAUUGCGUAUAUUACGCAGUAUCCGAUUCGCAAGCCGAUUUGGGUUUGAAAUCGACCCGGAGUUGGCAAACUGUGUUCGUGAAGAAGAGAUUCAGGACGCCUUGAAAACUAAGAUUACACGGGAUCGAGUUGGGGUUGAGAUUGAAAAAAUGAUGAAAGGUCCUGACCCAGUCCGGGCUAUUGAGCUGAUUCAUGACAUGUCCCUCUAUGAUCCCAUCUUCAACGUGCUUCCUGUAGAAGCUUUGAAAACACUAUCUGCACCACUCGCACCCGCAAAUUUCAGUGUAAAAGCGGCACGCAUUAUCCGCAAACUAAUCACGCCGUCUUCUGAACUAUCAGCCAUUCACCCCAGCAUCAGAUCUUCAGUGGAGAACAACCCAAGCGCUCUGGCUCGUCUCUAUCUUGCCGCCGCGCUCACUCCAUUUGCUGGUAUCACAUAUUUAGACCGCAAGAAAAAACCCCAAUCGAUUUUACCAUGCUCUCUUGAACAAUCGCUCCGACUAGGCGGUCAACAUCACUUCCUCGAUGGCAUUCCGCUCCUCUUUGCCGCUGCUGAAAAAUUGAAAAGCCCUGAACUGACUCGCUGGAAGGAACCUUCGGAGCGGGUUGCCCUUGGUUUGUUUCUACGAGAAAAGAUGAUUCACCACUCACCAGCUGACGAACGAUGGCAACUCGCGACCCUCUUCUCACUUGCGCAAGAGCUUGUACCCCAUUACAACUUGGACGACGACAAAUUCGACACUGAGCAAGUAGCAGCACUAAUUGAGCUGUACAACACGUUCGCUUCGCGCAUCGAAGAGCUCAAGUUGGAAGACGUUGGAGAGCUGAAGCAUAUUAUCACGGGAAACGAUGUUUUCAAAGCUCUCGGCGCGACAAAACAGGGCCCUUGGACGGGUAAAGCGCUGGCAAAGGUGCUCGAAUGGCAGUUGGACCACCCUAACGGGACGCCGGAUGAUUGCGUUGUUUGGUUGCAACAAGAACAAGCAGCAGGGCGAAUAUCAGUUACCAGUAGCGGUAGCGAUGAACGGGCUCCAAAACGCCUCAAGACAACGCAAUGA